UUUGGAAUUUUAGGGUAAUUUUGGGUGGAAUCAUCGGCGUGGGAAAGCGGCGCAGAGGUGGACGCCCUUUCUAGAAUCCUCACCUCCCCCGAAACGAACACACAGAGACGUGCACACAGUCACACUCACACACACACACACCAAGCGCAGCAUUAUCCAUGCUUCCAGGCGCAUAAAACGCUCUGUGGAGGCUGGCCAAGCAUUCGAUGUGGCAAAUUGAAAGCAGAAGCAAACGUGACGCUGUGGUGGUGGUGCUGCGGCUGCUGCUUCUCCAGAGGUGAAAGGAGCUGCGUUCCCAAAAAUUCAACCGACACUACCGAAAAAAUUUAGUGUGUAUGGUGUGACGUGGUGUCUCGUUGAAUAAAUUGGGCUAAACGGUGUGUUUCGUGUGUGUGUGUGGAAGUUAAAAAAAGAAGAAAAGUAGCUUGCUGCAUAAUCUGCUGGCAGCGAUUAGUGCAUCCCCCUGGGGUCACGAAAGUGCCAAAAAAAAGGAGCGUGGUGCAGCAGUGCAGUACUACUAUGUGUGUUCAUUGUGUUGUGUUAUGUGUGAAUAAUAAAUGGUGAGGUAAAAUUGGCGAGACAACACAACACAAGUAGCAGCGAGAGUGCAGGGGAGAGAGAGAGAGAGACCGUAUCAUCCUCCUCUAUAUGCAUCCUAAUUUGGCCAGACCGUGUGCAGCAACAGCUUCGGUCUUUCGGUGUCGUCGGUGAGGAGAGAAGUACACCGCGGACAGCACUGGGUGCUGUAGUGGUGUGGUGUUAUUAAAUCUUUCCAUUCCUCCGCGGACCAUCGCUACCAGUGUUUCGUCCCAAGCACUCAAUUAAGAUCGCGGCAGUAGCACACCCGGCAGUAGCAGCAGCAGCACGGGCCAGAACGUGAGCGGCGGCCAGUACCGCGAGCAAGUGAGACAGCGUGGCGAUCUACCCUUCUGUCCCCGCGGUUGGAAUAUGGAUAGAAGUGUAGAUUCCAUCGGUAGUUGCUCGCUUGAUGUAGAUGCCGAUUCGACCGACUUCUCAGACACCUCCGGAGAGCUGAACUUUCUAACACCGAUCUCGGGCAAAGACAUUACGCGCGAAUUCACCGCCGGCAUCAAGGAGCGUUGUAUGCUACCGGUCAUUAACUGCCAAGCAGUCACGAGCGUACUGGACCCGGUGACAGGACACAUCAGCACGGUGCUCACGACGACCACAGCACCCAACGGCCAGCAGCAGCAGCAGCAAGCCCUGCAACCCCUGCUGAGCGGCACCGGUGACAGCUCACCAACCGCAGCCACGAACAAGAAGCCGAGCUAUCUGAACCUGGCGUGCUGCGUCAAUGGGUACUCGAACCUGACGACGUACGAUUCGAAGCUCCGCCAGGACAUUAACAAGUCGCGCGAAGUUUCGCCCAGCCGUCCGAUCAUCGCGACGCUCCACUACAACCGUACCGAGACCGGUGCCGGUGGGCAUCUGCUGGCCGCGCCAACGCUCAGCUACGUGAGCAUGAACAACACCAUCAACAAUAACAACAAUAACAACAACAACAACUACAGCGCAAGUACAGGCGGCAACCGAAUGCUCAAGAUGAACGGUGCCGGUGUAGUGAACGGGGGUGCUGCUGGAAGGAUGCGUGGCAUGAAUGGCUCAAUCCUGUCACCGCCCUCGGGCGGUGCCGAUAUGACCGACAACGUGGGGAUGUUCAAUGGAAAUGGAAGUUUUGCCGGCAGCAUGCGUACGAAGGUAAUUUCCUCCCAGUCGCAGAUCAGCAGUCACGCGCGGGACGAAGCGACGGCCCAGCUGCUGAUGACGCCGAAGAAGAGCUUCAUCCAGCAGCGCGUCGAGAAGCUGUACGGGGCGAGCGAGGUGGUGGUGCUGAACAAGCAGAACUACAGCAGCAGCGAGCGCAAGUACCUCAACAACAUUGCCAACGACAACACCAGCGGCGGUGCGCCGGGCAAGCUGAUCCAUCACAGCAGUACGGCUCAGGCUGGACAGCAGCAGCAGCACCACCAUCACCCGAUGGGAAAUGGAACGGCCCGCAAUGGGGUAGCGAAUGGGGCGGCCGGCGGUCUGCACGUGACGAACGGCGGAACCAACGGCGGCUCGCUGCACGAUGAAAACGGCAAGCAGCUAAACGGGGCGGCGGAAGUGACCAGCGGCAACGACGAGGCGGACGUUGAAUCGCUGCCCGUGCUGCGACAUUUGCGGCCCGAAUUCCGCGCCCAGUUGCAAAUAUUUUCACCGAAAAAGAUGCCGAAACCGGCAGCACCGCCGGCGAAUCGUACCACGGCCGUCAACGGCAGUGCGGCGACGCAUGCGAAUGGCAACACUGCGGAAGAGAAUGUCACACUUACCACCGGCCCGAAACGGUACACGCAAUCGAACGGCAACAGCAGCAACGCCGAUCACCUCGAGCAGCAGCAGCAUUCCCUGGUGCGGGAAGAACAGGAUCACCGCACGACGGUUACGAAUCGAUCCACCAUGGUGGUGAAAAAUGCUCGAAUUUCUUCGCACACAACCACAACAAGCAGCAGCACUAAUGGACGGAUUGUUGCGGAGGAGGAAGAAGAGGAGAAUGCUCUGCUAACAAGCAACCAUCACCAUAGUAACGCUACUAGUGCACGCAGCAGUACCAUCACCGAGGCAAAGCAGCAGCAGCAUACCACCGGCGUCGUAACGGAGCAGCAUCAUCACGAAACCGCGUCACAGAGCCGCUCAAGUUCUACCGACAUGUCGACGACCACCACCACCACCAAGACAUCGAUGGCGGCGGUAACGUCAUCGACGACGGUGAUAGUGGAGGAAAAGAUGCGCUCGCUGGUAGUGGUGUCGCCGUCGUCGGCUACCGCGGCCGAUAACGGUGUUGGUCGAAUGUCGACUGCCGAUGGUGGUAACGCCAUUGCCACGGCCGCCGCCACUGUCGUACCUGACGAGCCAAAGCCGACGACAGUCGUCGCCGCGAGUGUGAUCGAAAACGGCGUACAGAACGGUGUUCGACAGUGCAGUGACACCAUCACCAACGGGCUUGAAAGUGUAGUACCUGCAGUGAGCGUGAAGAAGGAGGAAGUGCUUGUUGUUGGCGGUGGUGAAAUUGUGAAUUGUGAUAAUAGCAGUCAGUUCGACGCGGACAAUAUGCGCACAGCGAACGGCGGAAGCACGGUGGUAAUGGAACCGGUGGCCCCCAGCAGCAUCACGUUGCCCGCGGUCGCGACGAUGGCCGAUUUUGUCCAUCCGGUGGUGGAGGGAGGCAUCCAAUCAAAUGGUAAACCAAUCGAGGUAACCACAAAUGGCCAGGGGAGCAACGACAGCAGCUUUGGUAGCAGCAGCAGCAGCAACAACAACAUCGUGCUGGACGGUAACCAUUUCCUGCGGAUCCUAAAAACCGAACAGAAUCGGCUCAAAGCAAUGGCUGACGAAGUGGAGCAAGAAAUCAAUCUGUUGAAGGCCGAUGGCGUCGAGUUCGGCGAGGACAUUAACGGAUACAUCCUGGUUGCUGUGGGCAAGGCCCGCCUGCUGUGUUCGCAAAAAAUGAAACAAUUUGAAGAUUUGUGCUACACGAACCUCAACCAAUCGCCGGACGAAAAGUUCCAAACGACUGGCGAAGAUUUGCGAGGCUUCUGGGACAUGGUGAUGCUGCAGGUAAACAACGUCGACGCUAGCUUUGCCGAAAUUGAUUCGUUCCGGAAAAAUGGUUGGCGGAAACCAGCGCCAAAGAGUCCACCGCCACCAGCUCGCAAUGGGACGGCGGGAGCGACGCGCACCAAGCUGGUAAAGCGUCCGUACAAAACCGGCGGCACAGCGAACGGUACCACCGUGACGGACGGCAGCAACGGUGUCGAGGCGAAAAAAGCGUCCGCCGCGCUGGCGGCAGCCAAGCGGGAGGCCCAGCGGAAGCAGCUGAUGGAAAUGAAGCGCAAGCAGAAGCUGGCCAACAGCCAGCAGCAGACGGCGGUGGAAAUAUUUGCCCCGGCAAGCGACGAGCCAGCAGCGCAGCAAAACGGCGUCGGUGGUGGUGAUGACAGCAACUGUAGUACGGCCGUCGUCCCUCCGGUAGGGACCGCCGCAGCAGCCGCGACGACGACGCUGGUCGAUACGAGUUGAUCUCGUGAGCCGGCAGCAGCAACAGUACGAUUGCUUUAAGCUUUUUUCCAUCACUCGCGCCUCCCCCAUACCUGAGAUAGGCUCAUUUCGGAGUUCAAGCUAAAGUCGAGCGAAAAUUUUAUCGAAAGCGACAACAAAACACAACAAUACAAACUGUAGAUGCUGUCUCUAGUUAAGAUGAAACGCAAGCGGAAUCGAGCUAACGCUAGGUGGUGUGAGGAAAAUUGACCACUUGGUGGAGAGACGAGUAAUGUUUUGUAAAUUUUACUACACACACACACACACUGGACUGAACCUUAUUUUUGACAGUUUUCGUUAAGCUAUCCGGAACAGUGAAACCCGCAGCACCGAUCGUCACGGCGAAAAUAAACCGAAACACCCGUUCAUGUGAAUGCAAGACUACGUUAGAUACUAUGAUCAACAUCAAAAUCCCAUCCUUCAAUAAUUUGUCCGAGCACACCACCGGUUGGUAUCGCUCGGAUGUUUUUUUAGUAUACAAAUUCCAUCCCUUCCAAUGUACCCGCGAUGAGAUGUAUGUUCUCUACCACAAGGUGGAAGCAAGUUUUGAGCAUUUUCAUUUAUCCCAUUUUUGCACUAAGAUAGUAGAAAACUCUAACGAUCAUCAAAAAAAAACCCGUAACAACCGUAAACUGGACACCAGAAGGAAGCGCGUGAAGCAAGAAUUAUGAACUGUUGGAAAGCACGUACACAACAAUGUGAUUGUUUUAUACAUUUUUACGGUCGAAUAUUAUAAAUUUAUUAUUAUGCCUGUUAUUGUAAGUACUAGUUUUUACAUGUAAAAUGACACGAAAGGACUUUUUUAAAAAUCAUUAAAACCAAUUCAACAACCCCAUUUUUUCUCUUGGACAAAAGCGUACCUUCCGUUUCCGCGUGAUGCUGCUGCACUUUGGGCACCGCAAGUCCCACUUUCCAUGACCCGCGUGCAAAAUGCAAUCGAGAAACUGAUUUGUUUGUUCUCAGUGUAAUCAAACCUUGGAAGAGGGAUGUAAAAGAAGGGACUUGGUUAGGUUUUGGUUAGCUCAAGAUACAAAGGAAAGACGGCAAGUUAGGUUUAACCAAGGAAACAAGCAAACAAACAAACACUCUUAAAGACAAGCUCUAGUAGAAGAGCCCCCUCGAAGAGAAGAGGGUUUAGUAGCAGUGUUUAGGUGUACGUUAUCUUUGCUUUUGCCCUUUGCGCAUCCCGGUCGUACUAAGCACGCGUGUUAAUAUUAGUUUUUUUAAAAAGCCACGACUCACACGUUGAAUAUAAAAAACCGACACAACCAUACUAUACUAUACUAUUACUAAAAUGUACAUGCAGUGGAGCUACACAAACACAAAACUGCGAAACCGAAGCAAAUCGAAAUGUAAGAUGAGAAAGAAUCUCUAUUUAUUAACAAAAAAAAAGAAGCAAACAAUCGAACAUCAUUUAUCUAGUUCUAUUAUCGCUGCUUAUAUUACUCUAUUAUUAGCAUCCACUACUACUACUAUUAUUAUUAUUAUUGUAGCGCGCGUGUAUAACGCGUGUUGCUUUUACACGCUCUCUCUUGUUGAAACUAGUGGCGAAAGAAAUCCAACCUCAUACUCCUCCAACAGACAUGAGUUGCUUUUGCAUUUUGUGGGAGGUGGCGGUGGUGGUCGUGAUGAUAUGGCGAGAUAUGUACAAGAGUUUUACAACAGUUUUUCUUCCAAUUUGAAGAACGCCUGCCGGCCGUGGAAUGGCAAAAUCUUUGUAGAUAAUAGAUUCUACGAUUAUUUUCCACUCGGGAGCGCAGGCCGAUUACUUUCACGCGAGCUUAAAUUGCCUUCCGUUUGCGAGUUGCCUAUUACCGUUACUACUACACUAUUACUGCUACUAGCCGCCCGAUCGGGCCACGAUAUAGCUCAUUUGUAUUUUGCUACACGUUGCUUAAUACAAACAGUCUCAUUCUACUACUGCUUAACAUUUUCGUUAGCUUUUUUGGCUUCUUCCGUAGAUACCUUUCCUUUGCAAAAAGCCUUCAUUACACAUUUAUGAUAUGCAAAAUAGGUGUGAUAGCAGGUGAAAUUCGAACGCGAGCGUAUUAGAUGGACACAUUUUUGAAGCAUUUGUAUUUUUUGACGUUAAGAGUGGAGAAGCAGCAGCAAAACGAAAGAAUGAAACAAAAUCGAGAUAAACACACAGACAUAUUGCGUUUAGCGAAAAUUUAUCCACUGAGCAAGAGUGCCUUAUUGAAAUCGUUCUUUGACCAGAAGAAAGCAAACUUUUGAUGCGCGCAUUAUGAGUACAAAACAAAAAAUAAAGCAUUUUUUUGCGGUUCCCCUCUUUUUCCUUUUAAAACGUACUAUUUUUGGUUUUUAUAGUUUUUAUUUUCUUUUCAUGAAAUAGUUUAAAAAUUCAUUCUUGUAAAACGUUUGCUAUGCAUUUUUUCCAUUUUGAGGGAACAACUGUUAUUUAUGUUGAGAAACUAAGACUCUCUCUCUUUGCGUUUUGUUUCUUUUUCUACGCCUCCAGUCACUCUCCAACGUGACACGUUGAUAGUAAAAUGCAUCAUACAAAGCGGAUCAUUAAAAAAAAACACGAAACUAUAUGCUUUGUGAUGCAGUGGCUCAAGAAACGAUUAUUUAAGCGAUCUAGAUGAAGAAAGCAUACAAAAGUCAUUACCCAUAAACAACAGUAUAUGGAGUGUUGUAACCGUGCACACAGACACACACGCUAUAUGUAUCCCUGUCGCGUCCC